AUGACACGAACGAAGGCAACGGUCUCUGUGUUACUGGCAGUUGUGGCUGCAACUCUCACAGGCGUCACUUCAGAAUCAGCAGGAUAUACAUAUCAGACUCCUAGAGCACCAUUUGCCCUUCCUGGAGAGCACGGUGCAGGAGGUCUUGGAUCAGCAAGUUCCUCUGCUGGUGCUUUUGGUUCAUCCAACACACAAGGACCGUUUAGCGGAGCAGCAGGAGGACUAUCCAGUGGCUUCGGAGGCUCUGCGAUUGGUGGUUUUGGCAGUGCGGCAGCAGCUGGUGGUCUAGGAGGUUCCCUUGUUGGGAACUUUGCAAGUUCUGGUGGAAAUGCAAUUGGAACAUCUCUUGGAAAUUAUGGAGGCUCUCUUCAGUCAGGCUUUGGUGGAUCUGCAGCAGGCAACUUUGGAAGCUCUUUAAACUCUGGCUUUGGUGCUUCUCUUAGUCUUGCUGGGGCAGCUGGAACAAACCUUGGUGGUUUAUCUGGAUUAGGCACUUCGGUUACCUCUGGAUUUGGGGGGUCCUCUGACGCAAACUUCAUUGGUCAGCAGUCGUUUGGAUCACAAGCUGGAGGUUAUGGAGCUAACUCUAAUGCAGGCUUUGGGGGAUUAAACGGAGCUAAUCUAGGAGGAUCGUCUGGAUUUGGUGCUUUAGCUACUGGGGGAUUAGGAGCACCUACCACUGUUAAUGUUGUUGGUCAGCAACCAACUGGAUCACCUGCGGGCAGUUAUGGAGGUACCACCAAUGCAGGCUUUGGAGGCUCAAGUGGAUCUGGUUUUGGUGGUUCAACUGGAUCUGGUUUUGGUGGUUCAACCUCAGGAAACCUUGGCGCCUCAACUAAUGCUGUAUUCGGAAGUGCUUCAGGAGGAAACAUUGAUGGAUUUAACAAUGCAGGAUUUGGAGGAAAUGCCCAGCUUUCACCUAUAAGUUUCCAAGGUCAGUCUGGCCCUGUGGUACCAAUCCUUGAGGAUCAACGUGAGGGACCACACGCAAAUGGUGUCUACAGGUUUAGAUAUGCUACUGCGAAUGGUAUCACUCGUGAGGAAGUAGGAUAUCCACAAGGAGGAAUGGUAUCGCAGCGAGGAGGAUGGUCAUUCACAUUCCCUGAUGGCACACCUGCCAUUGUUAAUUUUGUUGCUGACGGUGAAGGCUUCAAGGUGGACUCAAAUCUUCUGCCUACCCCACCCCCUCUUCCCCCUCAUGCAAUUGCUCAGAUUGAAAAAGCAAGACAAGAGGAUGCUGUAGCAGCCGCCGCAGGAUACCAUAUUGCAGAUGACGGAACUUACCAACCAAUCUCUGGAUCUCAAUUUUUGGGAGCGCAAAACCAAAUAGCCAAUUCAGCAUCUCAGAUCAUUGGAGCUGGCUCUCAGGUUUCUGGUACUGGAUCCCAGGUAUUAGGCUCUGGACUUCAAUACCAAGGGUCUGGGUCACAAAUAGCUGUUUCUGGAGCAAGCAACGGGCACUUUGGUUCUGCAACUCCAUUAUCUUCUGGUCAACAAAUAGCCACAGGAGGCCUUCUCUCAGGUUCUCCAAGUCCAAGCAGGGCUUAUGGACUCCCAUAGACUUACCUAUCACAGAAUUACUGUUACGGAACUGGUAUCAUAUGUCUCCUCAGCUGUAAAACCAAAUUUAAU